ACACUAUGCCUACUUUGUAGUAGAUAUACGAGCUAAAUUAGCCAUGUUUACUUCCAAGAAUUUACCCCGCUAAAUAUAUGCACAGGUAUUGCAUUUGAAUAAUUUAUGGACUCCAGCACUUUCAAUUUAAUUACUUACUUAGCUUAUCGCGGAACAAAACACGCAAUUUGUUUAUACUUGAAAAAAGCUCACCGAAAAGCUAUCAUUUACUAAUUUUGUUAGAGAGCUUUUCACUCUUGUUAUCAACGAUCAGGUUGAGGGAAUUUCCCCCACCACUCAAAUUUGCAUACACUUUGCUCCGCUUUUUAUGAUACCCAGUAAUUAAUGAAUCGCGAGUCUUUUUGUCAGGCAAUUUACACGACGCUUAGCUAUUCAAUUUCAAUUGCCAUUCAAUUUCAAUUAGUUUAGUUGCUCAGCCCCAAGGGAAAUUUGACUAAGUUUUUCCUCCAGUUGUGGAGUAACAGCCACCAUGCGAGGUUUAUAUCUGAGUCUUAUGCUCUUAGUGUUCACUUUAGUGGUGGUGCGGGCUCUCAACUGCAAGCCGUGUAAAUUGCUGGAAGCCCGCAAAACACAUGCAAACGAAACCCACACUCAGCCGAAGUGAGAAAAAGUGUGAUGGGCGGUGU